UAGUGGAUUCCUUUAGUAUACGAACCUACUCACUUCUGCCUUCCUGGUCGUUUAACCCCACUGUCUGCCUCCCUCCACUCCCACCCUUUCUUGAAUCAAUUCUUGGCGCGUCUCUUUUUUUCUUGUCAAAAAUGCUUUCCGCCAGAAUAUUCUUUCCUUGUAGAAGCUGCAAGCACUUGGAGCAAUGUUACUCAAGGGCCACCUGUGCAACAGGUAUUACCGAGGCGUAUAAGGCAGACAAAUUUGACCGCAAGGUUAACUUGGGAGUUGGGGCGUACCGUGAUGACAAAGGAAACCCAUAUGUUCUACCCUCAGUUCGUGCUGCGGAGGAGCGAAUUCUCAUGAAAGGUCUCGACAAAGAAUAUGCUGCAAUCACCGGUGUCCUGUCUUUCACCAAAGCUGCUAUUGAACUUGCCUACGGAAAGCCGUCUCAUGCACUCGAUAGGAUUGCCGCUACUCAGUCGAUUUCAGGAACAGGGGCUCUUCGUAUUGGCGGCGCGUUCUUAGAGCGUUUCUACCCCUUUUCAAAGACUGUUUACUUGCCAACACCAUCAUGGGCCAACCAUGCCGCUAUUAUGAAGGACUCCAAAAUCAACGUUAAGAGCUACAGGUACUAUAACAGUCAGACUAUAAGGUUGGACAUUGACGGCCUUCUCGAGGAUAUCGGGAAUGCGCCUAAGAACUCGAUAUUUUUGUUCCAUGCCUGUGCCCAUAAUCCUACAGGUGUUGACCCUACCCCAGAGCAAUGGCGUGCGAUUAGCGAGGCUGUGAAGAGCUGCGGGCACUUCCCCUUCUUUGACAUGGCGUAUCAAGGAUUCGCAAGUGGAGAUACUAACAAAGAUGCUUACGCCCUACGUUACUUUAUUGAGCAAGGUCAUCCUGUGGCCUUGUCCCAGUCCUUUGCAAAGAACAUGGGUUUGUAUGGUGAGCGUGUUGGCGUUUUCUCCCUACUUGCCGAGUCAGCAGAGGAGAAAAGACGUCUCGACUCUCAAAUCAAGAUUCUUGUCCGCCCAUUGUAUUCCAAUCCCCCUGUUAAUGGUGCCCGCAUUGCCUCGGAGAUUUUAAACGACCUUACUCUCCGCAAACAAUGGCUCAGUGAGGUGAGGGGUAUGGCGGAUCGAAUUAUUUCCAUGCGUGCUGCUUUGAAGACCAACCUCGAGGAAAUUGGUAGCAAGCAUGAUUGGAGCCAUAUUACCUCACAAAUUGGGAUGUUUGCCUACACUGGUCUAAGGCCCGAGCAAGUUGAUAGAUUAGCCAAGGAGUUCUCCAUCUACGGAACCAAGGACGGCAGAAUCUCGGUCGCCGGCAUUACCUCCGAUAACGUCAAGUACCUUGCAGAAUCAAUCCACAAGGUAACUGCUUAAAAAUUGGGAACCUACAUUGUUAAGACAAGUGCGAGAUAUUGGCUUUGGUGGUUCAUAGAAAUAGAGGUAAUGAUGUGCUUUGGGGGAACGGGGGUAAUCUUGGAUGAUCUGGUGAAAUAUGUAUUGUACCGAUUCUUGCAAAAGGCGCUCUCAUAUAUUGAGUUGAUUUUAGUGUG